AUGGCAUUGCUACUCCGUCAACAAAAAGCAAUCCAAAACAUUGCAAAAGUGUCUUUACAGCAUGUAUCCAGAUACUUCAGCAACACUUCCCGAGCACAGGCAGACUUUACCCACGCAGUCAUCGGCGGUGGAGCAGUGGGUCUAGCAAUUGCCCGCCGCUUGCAACAACACUCUCCCUCUGCCUCUACAGUAUUAAUCGAGCAGCACAAAGCCGUAGGCACGGAAACCAGCAGCCGCAACAGCGAAGUCAUCCACGCAGGAAUCUACUACGGCCACGACUCGCUAAAGACAAAACUAUGCGUGCAAGGCAAGGAAAUGCUUUACGAACUCUGUGCCAAACACGAGAUCCCGUAUAGGAAUUGUGGCAAGUGGGUUGUUGCGCAGGAUGACACGCAAGCCGAAGCGAUCAAAAAAGUGCACGAGUUUGCGAGUAGUAUCGGUGUGCCUACGAGAUUUUUGAGUAAAGAAGAGGCUCAGCGCAGAGAACCUGAGGUUAGGGCCGAAUCUGCAGUACUAGAAUCACCGACGACUGGUAUUCUGGACAGUCACGCUUACAUGACAUUUCUCCACGGCAGCUUUGAAGAUGCCGGUGGCGAUACAGCUCUCGGCGCAAAAGUUACGCGUAUAGAGGCACCCACUCCAAAAUCGCCAGACUGGAAAAUCUACACUGUAGACCCACAAGACGGCAAUGCAGAAACCGAGCCCAUCACUGCAGAGAUUCUCGUCAACUCUGCAGGUCUAUAUGCCUGCCACAUCAAUAACAUGAUCUUGCCAAAGGACAGACACAUGCAACCGUUUUACGCGAAGGGAAACUACUUUUCCUAUGCAGCUGGACAUCCCAACCCUGGCGUGUUGGUCUAUCCAGCUCCCGUGCCCGGACAAGGCGGUCUAGGCACCCAUCUAACGCUAGACAUGGCAGGUCGCGUCCGCUUCGGUCCAGACGUCGAGUGGGUAGACAGUCCCAGCGACUACACGCCCACAUCUGACCCCGCGCGCUUCCGUGCCGCAAUUGCAGAUAUUAAAAAGUACCUCCCUGGCAUCGACGAAUCUGCUGUAGCGCUGGAUUACGCAGGCAUAAGGCCCAAGCUAGGAAAACUGGGUGCUGUGGGUGCGGGAAAGGGCUUUCAAGACUUUUAUAUCAAGAAAGAGGAGGGUUAUAAUGGGUUUGUGAAUCUGUUGGGUAUUGAGAGUCCGGGGUUGACGAGUAGUUUGGCGAUUGCUGAGGAGGUUCAUCGGCUGUUGUACCGAUGA